UUGGAAUUUCAAGCUCAAAAUUUGUUUGUAAUAUCAAUGGAAUUACACAUUUGGCCGUCAGACUUCGGUCUCCCAACUAUUGACGUUGUGUCUCUGCAGUUUUUGGCGUGCUCUAAAAUGUGUGCCAGCCCAGUAAGAGUCAUCCAAUCGACCCGUCCUUGGAGAUCGCCGAGCGGUGAGCUCCCAAUGGUCGCUCAAACCGAAGGAGAAGCAAAACCAGUGACAGAUUUCGAAAAAUUUGUGGAUAUUCUGAAAAAGUGCGGCCAAGACGUGGUUAUCGAUGCAGACUUGACCACUAUUGAGAAAGCACAGUUGGACGCAUUUUCCUGUUAUUUACAUCACAAUUUGUAUCCAGCAGUGAUGCACACAUUUUGGACGGACGAGCUCAAUUACAAUACAGUGACGCAAUAUUGGUACGCAUCUCAUCUGCAUUUCCCCUACAAUCUGUAUUACCUCGAAAAGCGACGAAAGAAGGCAUUGCGAUUGUUGGCUGGAAAGAAUGACACUGAAAUUUUGAAAGAAGCAUUCAUGGCGUUGAAUACUCUAUCCACAAAGCUUGGCGAUAAUAAAUUUUUCUGUGGAAAUAAGCCGACGUCACUGGAUGCCCUGGUAUUCGGCUACCUUGCUCCACUGCUCCGAGUUCCACUGCCAAAUGAUCGUCUUCAAGUCCAGCUCUCAGCAUGUCCGAAUUUAGUGAGAUUCGUGGAAACUGUGUCAUCAAUCUACCUGCCACUUGGCGAAGAUGAGCUCAAAAGACAACAAGCGAAUCGGAAAAUGUGGCAAUCUCGGAUCUCGAAAGCAAAAGCAGACAAAGAAGCCGCGAAAACAACAGAAGAAGCGUCGGAAUCACUUCCAGAAGAGCCUCCAAUGCGGGAUGCGAUUCUCUUCACUCUCGGAGCUCUCACGUUGUCAUUAGUGUUCGCAAUUCAUACCGGUCUGAUUCAAGUGUCAGUCGAAGAGGAGAUCUCUGAGUGAAAAUUGUUGUAUUUCUUUUUAAAUUGUUCUUCUUUUUUUGCUUGCCCCCUACCUACUGCCACCCACGAGACGACAAAAUCAGAAAUUUUCUAGUCCCUCUACGUUCAUCUGAUUGCAUUUUAUUGGUUCAUAGAACAUUUUCUGGUAGAUUUAUUGGAUCGUAAAUAUAAUGAAUGCUUUAUUUCCG